AUGCCGGGAUCUGCGUUCUUCGCUCGGGCAAUGAGCCUAUUGCAAAUUAUUCCUGAACGGCCCAGCAUGAAUCACAUUGAAAGCAUUCUCCUUCUUGCAUACUUUUGUCAAUUUCUCAACCGAUUCCACUCUGCGUACAUUUUGAUUGGCAAUGCUCUACGACUCAGUCUCAGCCUGGGAUUGAAUUAUAAUGUUCCUCAAAGCCAAACAUUACAUCAAGUGGAAAGGGAGCAUCGUGUUCGCAUAUGGUGGACAAUCUAUAUGCUUGACCGCUUCUGGGGUUCUAAAGCAGGGUUCCCUGUCCAGAUCCACGAUGACGAUGUCCACGUUGAUCCACCUUCUAACUUGAUCUCUGAAGCAUAUCCUGAGCAUUUCUCAGAUAGUGAAUAUCAAGUGGCAACCGUUGAUCUUGCUAGAAUUAUAGGGAACACGACCAGAGAAAUAUACAGCCGCAAGAAGUCAACCGAAAGCUUUCUCCAGCGUGAGCAGAAAUUGCUCAUUCAGCUGAAACAAUGGGUACAAACGCUCCCAGAAAAUCUCAGGCUCAAGGCAGAUAGGCCCAACUCGAAAUAUACAGUAUUUUUGCACCUUCAAUUCAGUUAUUGUGUGAUAUUGGCAAUUCGACCUGUCUUGCUUAAUUUACUCGUUUGUCAUAUCAAAGAUAAUUCCUCUCCAGCAAAUGAGGAAAUUACUCCAAUCAUUGGAGUUUUGAGCGAAGCUUGCAUUCACGCUGCGCGGUAUUGUUUGAAACUAUGCGUCGAAGAAUGGACCAGUGGAUCAGUGUCAUUGUUCGGCUACGCUUUUCCGGCCUAUUUGUUUUCCUCGGCGUUGGUACUCACCAUAUCAAGUCUUCUGCCCUUGGGGGACCCCAACGAUCUUGCAUCGGUCGAUAUCGCAACUGAGAUCUUGAGAGUCCUAAGCGCAUCCAAUAGCCUAGCGGCCAAGGAUCUCUACGAACACCUUCAACGAGUUCGUCUCUGCUUAAGUCACCGCAUAUCUGAUGCCACACUUUCUCCAACAAAUGAUGAAAAUAUGACUCUCAUCGCCGAUCCCACAGUACGGUUGCCUCUUGAACACCAUAGCCCUUCGCCCGUGCCCGAGGCGUCGAUGGACUACAGGAAUUUUUCUACUGAAGAAGUUGCCGAUAAUUUAAGCCCUUGUCUCACGACUGAAAUGACCCUGCGAAACCCGUUGAUGCAGGACUUCCUCGCUCAAUCCAGCUUCGAUGUGGGCUCUUUGGACGCACCGGAGAUACCGAAUGACUUUGACGCGGCCUUUCUUUGGUCAGGCACCAUGUGCACAGAAUAG